ACAGAAACAAAACAAACAACAACCGCUUUGCUUUGAUUGAAGUAGUCUUAUCUUAUGAAAACACCAGCGGCCACGGCCAGCCACUACCUCUGUAGAUAUUUUACGUUCAAUUCAAGUUCAAGGUAAUCAAGUAAUUUCUAAAUGGCGGACCCAGCUCUACAGACAUUUUGCUGUUACCCGCCAGAUAGAGCCAAUAUUAGUCCAUCAGUAAUGGUGCUUAUGGAGUUCAACUCACGGUCUUACAACUUGGUUUGCUUGAUAUCAUCUUUAAUUGGCAUACUUGGAGCUGCUUACCAGAUGUUACCGAGGGCAGAAGCAGUCUCAGGUCAUCGUUGGUAUUCAGUUACUUCUUCAAGAGGACGACACAUCAUUCAAUGGCUAGCCUUUGCCGACUUGCUAGCUUCUUUAGGAGUAUUCUUCCGCUCGGUGCUGAAACUUAACAAUUUCCUCUACCCCAUGGAAAACGUUCCAAUCACACUUUGUGCCAUUUUUGCGGCAUGGAUCCAGUACUUCUACUGUGUCACUUGGCUGUGGACUCUGUGUUAUGCUUUUGACAUGUUCCUGGCACUGAGAGAAAAGCCUGGAUACCCGACGUUGUAUCACAUGUUAUGUUGGCUACUUCCUUCUGUCACCACAGCUGUCGGCUUGGCAAUUCUCUACUUACCAAAUGCUGAUUGCCACAACCUGGGGCCGGGGGAGAGUGCCUUUGUCCGCAUUCUACCCAACUAUUUGCUCACCUACCUGCCCAUGAUUACUGUAAUGGUGGUCAACCCAGUGCUGUAUCUGUGUUCCCUGAGUACAGUUACUUCUCUGAUCACGUCCAGUCUUGCACAGUUCACUCGUAAGGAGCGUACGAUCAUUGAUGGUGUGAAGGUCAAGUUCGGACUCAUCUUGCUGGUGUUCUACGUUUGCUGGCUGCCCAACCUGGUCAACAGUUUUCUGCUGUGGUCAGAGUGGUACAACCUACCAGUGCAGGUUGUGUCUAUCCUCCUCUACUGCAUGGCUACUCUCAACCCGAUGCAAGCUCUGCUCAACAGUGUUGUCUAUCGUCGGGCCAGUGACAAGUUGAUUUCCCCCUUCCAUCGGAGAGCUAAGAAAGAACCGACUGAGACUACGCCACUGGUGCCGUCUGACUUCAACGGCAGCUCCCUGGUAUCAUGAUUGUAUCUUGAAACUAGUCGUAAGGUGUGAUAUGCAUUUCAAUUAGCACCCUUUAAUAAUAUACAGAGUAUCCCUGAACUCACUGAUAGCAUUAUUGUGCAAUUACAAAUACCUAAAAAUAAUUAUGGGUCAGUUGCUGACUUUGGUUCGGGGGUUUUUAAUCAAUUGUGGGUCAUCAGGUUUUUGGUUGAAUUUAAAUAUAAUUUUUCUCUCCUUUUGAAAAAUUGUUUACACAUGUAUAAAAUUGUAACUUGUGCUUAAUGUGGAGACGAUUUUAUUUUCAAACAAGAUUAACCCUAGCAGUGGCCAAUGUUAGAAGUGGGGAAUGGCCAACCCAUUUUGGCGAUUUUGCAGACUUUUUUUAAAAAUUCGUAAAAAUUCAACCGUACAAGUAAACCAAGCCAACCUCAUAUUAAUUUUGUUCGGAAAGAACAGGAGAAUCUAGAAAUAGUAAUAUCAUAAUGAUUUAGACAGUGUAUUUUAUCGGUAAAGUGAAAAAAAUUUUUUUAAUUUCAAAAGCGGCCUCAAUAUUUUUUUUACGGAUUUUUUUAUGGGAAAUUCAUUAUAUACAUUUUGUAGACAAUCUAAUUCCCUACAUAUAAAUAUAUAACAUGUUAAGAAAAUUUUUUUUUAUAAGUUUUUGGGGCAAAAUAUAAUGACAAACGGAGAACCGAAAAAAAUUCAAAACUGUACAGUGUUAGUUUAUGUUGUAAAAAGUUAUAUAAUAAUAUAUGUGUAUACUAAUAAUGAUAUAUACAUGUUUGUAAAGCUAAUGAAGUAAGGAAUCAAAAAAAGUCAUAAAGUUUGUGGUAAACAUAUUUUUUUAUUUAUAAAUAAAAUAAUGUUUUUGUAUUUUAGCGAUUUUGUAAAAAAAAAAAAACUUUUCUUUGUAAGAAAUACAUUGGGAUUUUGAUGGCCUGUGGGGCAAAACCCGUGGACUUUUAUUACAGGAAUUGGCGAAAGGGGGCGUCUACACAAAAAAUAUACUUAAUUUUCACAUAUCAUUUGUAAAAAAUCCGUCCAUUAUUAACGAAGGAGUAGUGUUUCAUAGAAAUCUCCUUCAUGUACUACAGUAUAUAUAAGGAUGCCGCACCUAUGUCAAAACAUCUAUAUUGGACGCUUGAGGAAAAAGUUACUCAACAAUAUUUGUUAAACCAUAAACAUAUGCCUGUAAAACCAUUGUUUACUUUUUGAAAAAUCAUUGUUUACAUAAAGUUUGCUACUUUCAGUUGAAGUAUGUUUAAGUUGAAGUAUGUUUGUAGCUUUGCAGCUUGAAUCACAUCAAAUAACUUUUUAUACAUUAAAAAAAAAAAUCGGCAGGCCAACAUUACAUAAUUUUUUUUUAGUUGGAAGCGGUUUUAUACGGCAUUUUAUAUUGUUUAAGGGACUUUUGCAGCCAUUUGAAUUUGUAAAAAAAAAUAAUUUGUUCAGUUAAAAAAGUCUGCAAAAAUUCCUUAAACAAUAUUCAUUAUUCAAUUACCAUAAAAACAACGAAUGUGAACCAAUAAGAUUAUUUUAAAUUGCUUGAAAAUUGUCUUUUUUGGAUAAAGCAUUAAAUACAUAUUUAACUUAUAUAGAGAGUUUGAUAAAAACAACUUGACAGCAAUGAUCACAUCAUCUGAGAUGUAAUGUGGCAAUUACAGUUACCGUACAUUACACAUAAAUACAUGAAUAAAUAAAUUUACUACUUACAAGUAGCUAGCGUACAUCAGAUACUAAGUUCUGUUUUAUAUGAAAACUGUUAAUUUCAUAACGUAAAAUAGUAUAUUAUGGUGAAGAAAAGUUAUACAAAUUUCUAACUAAAGGCAGGAUUCAAUGCUCUUAAACAGUCUGAAGUAAUUACAUAAUUGAUAAUAGUUAUUGGAUUACAUUUGAAUUUUUCUCUGUCAAUAAUUUGGAUACAAAACCUAUACAAAAUAUGCUGGCAGACUUCAGGAACACUCUGUAUAUUUAGAAACUCAGGUCUGGAAUAAAUUUAGUUCAGAAAUAAAUAUUUAAAAUGUAAUUUUUCACUUCUUCUGAUAAAAAAGUCUGUAUGUUGAAAAAAGAAGACUAGUUAUGCUCAUAAAUAUGUUUUCUUAAAUUUGUAUAUUUCAGUAGAAAUUAAAUGCAGUAUUUUUAAGGAAGAAAAUAUAUUUGCUGUAUUUUUGGAUUAACCAUGGACCUACCUAUUGUAAUUGAUGUGACAUACCUAUAUUCUUUAUUCUGCGCUUAGCGAUGAGAGUGUGACACCAUCCACGAAUUAAGUGCAAAACUUGCAGUGCACUCCUGGAAUGAAAACGUGCAUAAUUAUAAGCUUAAUUUUUAACAUUUAAUCUAAUACGCUUUUUAUAUUUUAUAUUUUAGAACAUUCUCACUGUGUUAUGCAUGAAAAUAGGAUGAUAGUUGAAGAAAGCACGUUUUGUAUUUUGUUAUAGUGUUGUUGUUGGUAGAUCCUCUUUUAUCCAGUCUUAUAAAUUGUGUUUGGUCA